UAAGUUCAUGGUGGAACCAGUAUUGUGUGGGUUGCUGCUCAUGAUUUUGAUAUUUUGUGCAGCUAGACCAGCUUCCAUGCAGUCAUCUUUGCAGUAUUACACCCCGUGCCUCUAGAAUAGACUCCAAGUAUUUGCAGAAUUAACCCAGAGAAAAGUGCCAAGAAAGUGCCUUGAACCAGAUUGAAUUAGUUACCGGAUUUCUGCACAGUUUGUAGGAAUUGAAAUGUCAUGUAAAUAAGAGACUUUGGACAUAACUGCUGUUUGUGAUGAUGUCCGGCCAAAGGGAGUAAAGAUCUUUUUUGACAGUUUGUGAACAGUUACAGCUAGAGGAUGAAUAACAAUGCCUUAGGGGGUUCCAUGGUCAUUCUCCUGCCAGAAAGACUUGACCCGAACCGAAAGGUUGAGACCCCAAGUCACGGAGUGAUGAACCCGUCCUCGGAGACGCCGGAAUCGCAUGUUAACGGAAUGACUACUCCGACGGCCCCCCCAGGAUCUGCCCUCAAGGCCAAGAGUCGGCCGAGGAAGGCUCCGGAACUUCAGACGGUAGAGAGGCGGAAUUGGCUGAUCCACAUGCAUUUUGUCCGUAAGGAAUUUGAGUUAUGCAAGCAACUGAUAAGGGAGCAGCUGGACGAGACAAGGGGAAUGUGUGAAUAUGCAAAUUAUGUUCAGGGACUCAUCCUGCGACAAGAGGGCAAGAUUCAAGAGUCCUUCGAAUUGUUCCAGUUGUGCAACAUCCUGAAUCCUAACAGCGUUGAGAACAUCAAGCAAAUGGCUCGUUCGCUGUUCCUGUUAGGAAGGCACAAGCUGGCAGUAGAAGCAUAUUUACAAGCAGAGGCAAAGUGUGACAAGCCAGACUGGGAGAUACAUCACAAUCUGGGUGUAUGCUACAUGCACCUGAAGGAAUAUGACUUUUCAAGGGAGCAGCUCCUCUUUGCUCUUGAGCAGAACAAACAUCACCAAACCUUUGCAAUGCUGGCAAAACUCUACCUCUUGGAAGGUGAUAUGCAAUCUGGCAUCAAUACCUACAAGGCUGCUAUUGAGUACUUCCCCGAGAAUGCAGACCUACACACCACUCUUGGUCUGCUGUACAUGCAGACGGGGAAGCACCAACAAGCCUUUGAGCAUCUGGGCACAACCCUGACCUUCGAGCCCCAGAACACACGGGCUAUUCUUGCUGCCGGGGCAAUGAUGCAAAGUCACCAAGAUUUCGAUGUGGCUUUGGCGAAGUAUCGCAUUGCUGCCCAGAAAAUACCCGAGUCACCUCUAUUGUGGAACAAUAUAGCUAUGUGCUUCUUUGGCAAGAAAAAAUAUGUUGCUGCCAUAAGCUGCUUGAAAAGAGCCAAUUACCUGGCACCAUUCGAGUGGAAGAUCCUGUACAACCUAGGCCUGGUUCACCUCACUAUGCAGCAGUACACAUCAGCCUUCCACUUCCUGUCUGCUGCUGUCAACUUACGGCCCACGAAAGGACAUAUUUUUAUGCUCCUUGCUAUUGCUCUUACCUAUUUAGAUGACGAGGAAAAUGCCGGCCAGGCUUAUGACCAAGCACUAAGAUUAGAGAUCCGUGAUCCGAGCAUCUGCCUCAACUACGCUAUCUUUCUGUAUAACCAAGAUGCCACGGAGGAUGCAAAGAGAAUGAUAAAUGAAUUUGAAGCAAGAGUUGUCAAAUUCAGGCAGUCCACUGGUGCAGAUCUUGAUACAGAGAUUCUAGAGAAUGGGGCAAAGUUAGCAGCACUUUUGGGCAUAGAUGGCACCGUUUUCCGCAAGAGAACCAGCAGAACAAGACUCGAGGCUCCAGAUGAGUCAAUACCUCCAGAGAAAGUUGGUGCUUCGAACGUGAAUCAGGAUGUUGAUCACGGCUCAGCCACUCCAGCCCAAGCUCCAGAGAAUCCCCAAGAAGAAGGGGAAAAGUCCUUGCUGGUGCCUCCCUCUGAGAAUCCCGAGGCAGACGAGGAACCCCCGUCCUCGUGGAAUGAGCCGUCAGCUGAGGAUGAGGAGGAAGGGAAGGAGGAAGACGAUGAUUUUGGGAAGGAAGAGGAGGAUUUGGUUUGAGGAAAUGCCACAGGGAAGGUAGUCUGGGGGGGUUAUGGAUAGCUUCUUCGACUUGUUGACUUGUUGCGUCCUCUGUAAUUUAUGUAUUUUUUGUUAAAUAUAAUAUUCUAAUUGUUUUGAUUAUAUGCAGUUGGUAUUUUACUUAGUUCUUUCUUUCUUUUGCUUCUUAUAUCACAAAGUUGAUAAGAAUGUCAACAAAUAAAUAUUGUAGUUGUGCAAAAUGAUAAUAUUAUUUAUGAAGCUUUAUGUAAUUGUGCGUAAAAGGAGUGUGAUUCUGUGAACUGUGCAUAUCUGGUCAUUGUAUUCUCUCCAUAUUUUGUGGCACUGAAUGAGUGUGGCAGACGAAAGUAGAUUUCAUUUCAUGCCGAUAAUUUGGUAAUUUUUAGCUUUUCAUGAAGUCUAGGACAAGGGCUUGGUAAAAGUCCUUCACCUCUCAAUCUGUUUUAUCAACCAACAUUUGAAAGUGCACUGUAUACAUGUUUUUUAUAUUUUAUUUCAUAAAUGACAACUGAGAGUGAUCAUUGGCAUUUGUAAAGUGUUUAUUUGAAUGAUGUGUAGAGUAUGGGAGAUUAUACGCACAGUGUGAACAUAUUUGUUUGUAGGAUUUAUAUAGCAAUAAAUGCCUUGUACACUUAUUACUAAUGAUAUGUAUUGCGAAUGUGAUCAUUAGAAAUAGAUUCCGUCCACUAUGUACAAAUAGUGAUUAUGAAGAAGAAAUAUUUUUGU